GGGAAGCCAGAGGCUGCGCAACAGCUGUGAAAUAUGACGUGCUUGAAUACACUUGAACAUCUAGUUGCUCUGUUCGUCGUCUUGUUAAUGAAAAAUUGUUCACUGAUCGAAGGUAUUGCAAGAGACUCCGUUUGACUGUUCAUAAUGAAGUUUACUGUUUGUGCAGCCAAACCCGAAGACUGCAAAGACAUAGAGCGCAUGAUUAGGGAGUUGGGCGUUUAUGAAAAAAUGCCAGACCAAGUGACGAUAUCCCAUAAAGAGUUGGAGAGAGACGGAUUUGGCCCUGAUGCUUUUUACCAGUGUCUUGUAGCUGAAGUACCUGAGGAACACAAGUCUAAAGAUGGACACACCAAGGUUGGCUAUGCUCUCUUCUUCUAUACGUACAGCACCUGGAAAGGAAGGGCAUUGUAUAUGGAGGAUCUGUAUGUGAUGCCAGAGUACAGAGGUAAAGGCAUUGGAAAGGCUUUAAUGGCAACUGUUGCUAAAGUGGGCAAAGAGAAGCAGUGUGUGCGUUUACAGUUCGCUGUACUGGACUGGAACAAGCCCUCUUUAGACUUUUAUCUGGCUAAAGGUGCAGAGGACCUCACAGUUAACGAAGGCUGGCAUUUUUUCCGUUUUCAAGGAGAAGCUCUGGACAAUCUAGUACAGGAGGCACCUUAAGGAACACUUGAGACAUUUUACAAGUGUAGUUACUAUCAAUAGACAUAAGAUGUCUUUGGUUUCUUUUUAAGCUUUGUUUUAAAGCUGUAUUUUCUAAAUUAUCAGAAAAGUUUCAGUACACAAUGUUGAAACGGAGGAAUAAUAAAAAUGGAAUGAUAAUUAAAACAAA